CGUGCCCACAACUUAUUAGAUGGAGGUUUGAGCUGCCCCUCAAUUGCCCCUCGUUGAUUGAUUCGGACCCCUGAGGUUGGCGAUACCCUCCAAUUCCUUAUCGCACGUUUGUUGGAGAUGACCGGUCGCGAAUGGCACAUCAGACAUCCACAUCACUCAUGUCGGGACCAACACUGCGCGCAAUCGGCAUCAUGUUGGCCGCGAUAAGAACUUCUGGCUGCUUGUGCGGCUGCCAUGCCCCGAUCAAUGAUCUGAAGGCCGAUAUAACAGCAUGAUCUCGACGUAGCAAAGAGAGGCCACUUUGAUCUUGCUCUGCUGCUUAUACCGAUUUUCACAGUAUUGGCUGACCUCCCCAAUUCCUCAUAAUGCCCGAGUCGUACCACCCUCAUCCCGAUUAUGGCUUUGCCCGCGACUUCAAGGGCUAUGGCGAGAAAGGCCUCCAAGGCUUGAAGUGGCCGAACAAUGCAAAGAUUGCCGUGUCCUUUGUCAUUAACUACGAGGAGGGUGGCGAGCGAUCUGUACUGGAAGGCGACGGUGUCGACGAGCUUGUCCUUCGCGAGAGUCCCUCCUCACAGCACCGCGUCAACGAGCGCAACUACAAUGUCGAGUCUGAGUUUGAGUACGGGUCACGCGUCGGCUUCUGGCGUCUGUUCAAGAUGUUCAACGACCACAAGAUGAAGUUCACCCUCUACGGCGUGGCCUCGGCCGUCGAGAAGCAGCCCGAGGUGGCUACGCGCUGUGUCGAGGAGGGCCACGACGUCGCCUCGCACGCGUAUCGCUGGCUCGACCACCACGACUGGUCGGUGGACAAGGAGAAGGAGUACAUCCGCAAGGGCAUCACCAGUCUCAAGAACCUCACCGGCUACGCGCCCAAGGGGUGGUACUACGGACGUCCCUCGCCCCACAGCCGCACGCUCAUCCCCCAGGUCUACGAGGAGAUGGGCGAGGAGCUCAUCUGGGCGAGCGACACGUACGCCGAUGAGAUCCCCUACUGGACCGAUCUACCCCUCGAGCGCGAGAAGAAGGACCCCAAGGGCUGCCUCAUGCUGCCCUACAGCUACGACUGCAACGAUUUCAAGUUUCACUGCCAAGGCACGGGCUUCCGCGAUCCGCAAGGGUUCUUUACACACCUGAAGAACGCGUUUGAUGUCUUGUACGAGGACGGCGAGAAUGGCCAGCCCAAGACGAUGACCAUUGGCCUCCACUGCAGGAUUGUCGGUCGCCCUGGGCGGUUCAAGGCGUUGAGGGACUUUGUCGAGUACAUUGAGAAGAAGGAGGGUGUCUGGGUGGCCACCAGGACCGAGAUUGCGUUGGCGUUCCGGGAGCAGUUCCCUUACAAGAAGGGCCAACUAGCAUGAGCAUGUAUAGGGAAUUGAACUUCACAC